CUCGUGUUUGCAAUGUCUUUUGGAUAUUUUUCGAACCCGAGAAGCAUGGCACUCGGGGAGGGUAACAAGCGUUGACGAUAGAGUUGAUCGUGUGAGAUGCGAAGUCUUGUUUGCCAGCCACCUAUGCUUCACGAAUAAUGUUGGAGUUAAAAGCUUGAGAGGAAUCAUGUUUGCAAAAUACACAAAAUGGAAACGCCGAUGUGGGGAGGGUCGAUCACCCGCCGAGACCUGCUGCGAAGUACGACCCUCUUCCAGACUCUGAACAAGGUCCCAGAGCUACCAAAAGACAAUGCCGCUGCAUCUGAAAUCAAUUCCACUUACCGAUUGACCAUCUCCAAAGAGAAAGAGAUUACAAGCAAGUUGGCAUUUUUGUCCGCCACAUCGGACGAUAACAAGAAGGUGAUGGCUGUCUGCGUCGAAGAACAUACCAACAAAGAAGGGAUCACGAUCCGAGUAGCAUCGAACAGGGGCGACCUCUCUAAAGUUGUAAGCGGGUUCAAAAAGGUUGCUAGGAUCCUAGAAGGUGCUGCGAGGCGAGAGAAGCCCAAAAUCGAAAACCAAAAGGCUCUUCUCGAAGAGAUCGUCAAGCUGGACUUCGAGCGCAUUUUAUCACGCCUCCGAUCACGGCAUAUUAGGAAAUGGACAAGAAAGACUUUGCGGAAAAAGCCUCUGAUCACCCAAUUAUCUGACACAUUACAAGAAUAUUCCCUAGAACCAAGCUUGACAGACAUGGGAAAAGACAGAGCACAAGAUCUGGGGGCGUUGUUCAGCAGACUUGAAAGCUUCGAAGACGUGAGAGCGGACAGGAAGGAAGCAGAGGAUGUGCUUUGUGAAAUCGUGAAGGCGGCCAACGAUUUCUCCCAUUUCAGUAAUCUCAGCUUCGCACUGGAAACGUCCAAGGUGGACCCAAACCUGAAGAAGCAUCUGCUAAAGUCAAUCACCAAACUCGGCCAUUAUUUUUCUAUUGCUUCCGACCUUGUUUCUGCAGCGAGAAAAAGCUCAUGGCAAUUGUUCCAAAAUAUCGACGUAGAACCAUUUCAAAUCCAAGUACCCCCUUCCAUCGAAGAUGCACUUCAAAAUCUCCUACCCUCGAGACUCACCGAGUCCGUGUUAAAUCUAGCCAAUCUUCACGCACAGGAAACCGAGAAAGAAUAUCACAAGCGACUGUCCGAGAUUACAAGAGGGGGGCGCAAGGUCCAUGCUGAAGUGCAACUCCUCUUUUUUUAUGAGCUUCACCCAGGCUCUCCGCAACCUAGGUUCAUAUGCUCUAGUAAGAAAGCUUGCUAUUUGUGCAAUCUCUUCUUCCACAACCAUGGUGGCUUUCUCCUUCCGCAAACGCAUGGCAAGCUAUAUGAUACGUGGAUCAUACCAGACUGGGUGAAAGUCCCAGCAGAACGUCAUCAAGACCUCGCACUCAUCACGAAGAAGUUCAAAGCCACUUUGGAUGAUAGGAUCAAAGAGACUAUAGAGUUCGGGCCAGAGUCACACCCCGACCCAAGCGAGAGUUUUGUACUCACAGAUGCAGAGCGGUCGUCAACUGAAGUAUCUGAUAUCCCGACGUUGAAGUCCCAAGGCUCGACGUCAACACUCCGCCAGCAACCUCCUCAGGGUGAAGAAAAAACCGUUUGUGAACGACUGUCUCAAAGUACAGAGGCGCCUACACAACCAAGGAAAGCCUCUGCAGAAUUGCCUCGUGCUGUUAAGCUUCCCAGCAUAAUUCCGGAAAAGACAGUAUCGCCAGCUUCAGAUGUCGUCUCUCUCGUCUCUGUCAAAAAGAGAAACCUCCCUUAUAGCCAGAUCAUCAAACUGGCAACGCCAUCAUUCUACGUUCAAAUUGACAAAUUCUUCGUUACACUUGAAUUCGCUGAAGUAUUGUCUGGUCGUUUAUUUAUCACGAAGCGAGGAGAAUGGGUACCGAGCAAGACAGUUCGGGUUGUUGACAUCAACGAUAUUCCCACAACCUCAGAGCUGGAAGUGCAUUGUUCUCAGGAAUCGAACGAGGUCCAAGUCCUUUUGCAAAGUCAAGGGACGGAAAUCUUUUCCAUAAGAUUUGUUUGGGAUGACGCUUACUGAGCUACUUCUUCAAAAGGAUGGAUGUGUUAGGAAUUGAAGUAUUGCUGAUGGUGUUAAUAAUGCUCGUAUUUCAUUUAGAUUAAAGUUCCUCGGGUACAACAGUCCCAUUGUCAACCAGUGAGUGGGUUGAAGGAGGCGGAUUUACUCACUUGAGCGCACUGAUAGCUUUCAACUCUCGAAGCAUGAAAGCAGCCUCAAAACCUGAGAUAGUUGCGCCCUGAACAUGAGGUUAGGAGUCUGCACUGCUGAAACGGUUUGUGCAAUCACACGUAAUCGUGCUUGAAAUCACGAAAUGAUGGGU